AUGGCCUCUCUACUACGAUUACCUGCCCGCCGCCUGGCGCGCACAUCAAUCACAUCCUCCACUGGCCGAAUCACCAGUCUCGCUACUUCGCGAAGCUAUGCCCAGGAUUCCAAAAAGUCAAGUGGCAAGAAGGACGAUGCGACUCGGGACGCAGGGACUCCAGAGAAUCCAAUGCCCAACCACCCGAUUCCUUCCAACAAUGCGAAGCCUACACUACGAGAUGGUCGGUCAUCUCCUAUUGCCGAUUUUGAAGGUAACUUGAAAGACGACGUGCCUGAGGACGUGAAGAAACAUAAUGAGGAUAUGGAUAAGCGACAUGAUCGGUCAUACAAUCAUAUUACUGAUGAUGGGAGCGUGAAAGAGAGGGAAUGGGAAAAUAAAUAG